CUAGCCCCCAAACUGGAUCACACUACAAACACCAAAAAUACUGACCAAAGAAAAAGUAAAACAAAUUUUUCUUUGUAUCUGUAAAAGCCGCAUUCGCAAUGGCUUCAUGCACCCUGGACCACAACGAAAGCUCAGUGAUUAAGGGAGUCCGCGAAAAACCGUCCUGGAUCGAGCCUGGCUUGGAGUUCCUCUCACUCCGCCCCGCUGACUCCGCGUCUUCCGCCUGAAGCAGGUGCUGACCGGCUCGGUACCCGGCGUUACACCUGCAGUCUGGCCGCUGUAAGACGGUGGAAAUGAAACGUGUUAUAGAAAAUACGGCUCCGGGACCCAGGAGCGCAUGUCAAGCCAACGCCGUGCAGCUGUUUCUUCGGAAUUUCAGUUCUUAUCUCAUGGAUGCCUCGAAUAGAAAAACAUCAAAGAAGAUGGUUUUGUGUUUUUAAGGUGGCCACUGUCUACGCCCAUGUGCCCGGCUCCAGCGUGUGUCGAUAGGAAGCAAACAGCUAUUUAAAACAUUUCCUGUGUCUUUUUUACACCUCCUCUACUCCUUGACGCCUCCCAUAUUUCCCUCUGCCCUCCUUGUUCCCGUUCCGGCUAUGGUGGACUCAGGUGCGAUGAGGAAGACGUUCACGGUCCCGGAGAUCAAACCUCUGGACCAGUACGAUUUCAAGCGAGCCAAGAUCUGCGCCAGCCUGGCGUGGCUGCUGUCGAAGUGCUACGGCGGCGGAGAGAAUGUUCCGGCUGAAUUACGAGACCCCUUCUAUCUGGACCAGUAUGAACAAGAGCAUGUCAAGCCACCUGUCACGGGCCUGCUGCUGUCCACAGAGCUCUACUGCCGUGCCUAUGGCCUGUUACUCAGGGUGUCACCUCCUAAAGAUUGUACCACCGUCCUCCAGCUUAUGGCUCAGAACGGGGUCGUCCCAAGAGACGAGGAUGCUGCACUGACUGAGUCUCAGCUCCGGCUGGCCCCCAUCCGAAUGAGUGCUCAUCUGGCAUUGAUCGAUGCACUCAUGUCGGUGGAUGCCAUAGCAACAGUCAGCAAAGUGAAGAUGCCAGCUGUAGUGGAGCAGUUGUGGGGCAGAGCUAGUUGGGAGAACGGUGUACUCUACUGGAUCAACAGGCUGAUACAAAAGCUGAGAGAGAACACAGAAGGAGAUACGAUCCAGAGACCUCAGCCCAGUACGGAUCUGCAGCCUGUCCAGCCUUCGUGUCCAACCCGGUGGUACUGGAAACUAGUUCCUCAUGCCAUCGCUUUUUGUUUGAAGGAGUCUGGGAAUAAACCACCUGUGAUCCGCUACAGGAAGGACAAGAUUCUUCCCAAACAGACGCCAACAUUUCCGCUUGUCACCAGCAUACGGGACCUUUCCAAUGGUUGUGCUAUGGCCACAGUUGUCCAUUACUACUGUCCCAGCCUGCUGCCCUUAGAGGAUGUGUGCCUGAAGGACACCAUGUCAGUGGCAGACAGCCUAUAUAACUUGCAGCUGGUUCGGGAUUUCUGUAACACCUGCCUACAAAGCUGCUGCCCCUUGACUGUGGAGGAUCUGCUGUACACCUCGCCUGCACUGCGGGUCAACAUCAUGAGCUUCAUGGCAGAGCUGCUGGGAUGGUUUGAGGUGCGCAAGCCGGACUUCGUGCGUCCGCUGGAGCUUCUGGAUCUUUCCGAUCCAUCUGGACUGAUUGACUGCACAACUCCACCAAGUGGGAGCAGCAGCAGUGCCUCUCCCACCUUCAUCUUUAAGCAGCCCUUGGUGGUAAAAUCAUCUCCAGUAUCUCCUGGAGCUACAGCAGAGGGUAUUGGAAGAGCUUGGGCUAAGAAACAGAUCUGCCGUCCACUGUCUGCUGUGUCGUUCAGCAUUCCUUUUGGCCUGGAUAGUGACGUUGAUGUUGUCAUGGGAAACCCUGUGGGAACCAUGAUGCGGUCAUUGAGCUCUGACAGCUUGAAAGCUGGAGUGCCAGCAAUGACUCGCGUGCCCUACACCCCUCCAGAGGACCUCAGCCAUCUUAUGACUGGGGGGCCAGGGACCCGCCACAAGAACGGGCCCGUGGAUGUGUCCUCCACGGAGGAGGUCCUGCAGGUCCUCCACAGCCAAGGCAAGCUGGAACGCCGGCUUUGUCCAGAAGGUGCUCCAGAUGGGUUCUACCUGCAUUCACCUGAUGAGCAUGGGGGUGCCGCCCGUCUCAGCAGCUCCGCCCCAUCACAGUCAAGUAUGCUGUACCGGCCACGUGGUGAAACUCAGGAGCGCCGCAAUAAGCACAGCUUGGGCAAGUCUCGAAAGGAAGACUCUGUUCUCUGUGUCAUUAGCAUAGAAUCAGAGUCAUCAAGAUACCCACCGAAAGCACGAUCUACCCCAGGAACUCCUGCCAGUGUUUCAAUGCGAAAGCUCCAGUCAGAUAAUGGCACAAGGAUGACCAGCUUUGCUGAGCGCAAGAAAAAACUAGCCCCUGACACACCACCUGGAGAGACCCCCAGCCUACAGAUGACUUCCUGGGCCCAGAGAUCAGACGAAAGUCCCAGCAGGAGUCAAGCCCUCACCUCGGAGAUGUCAGAUCUGGGAGCAAAGCUUGAGGAAAAGCGCAAGUCCAUUGAAGCACAGAAGCAGAGGAUUGAGGCCAUUUUCGCCAAGCACCGGCAGCGCCUGGGUAACAGUGCGUUGAUGCAGCUCCAGAAACAGCAAGCAGCAGGGGAGGAAGGAGGGCCUGUAGCAGGUCAGCUCAGCACCUCCUCUGGGAAAGAGGAAAGUUUGAGCAGACUAGCCCCAGAGGAACAGCUGCUGCAAGACAAGGGCAAGGAGGAGACCAGCAAGCCACCAACACCACCCAAACUGGAGAAACAGGUGACCUUCUCCGUGGAGACAGGGACAAACUUGCAGAAGGCUGAAGAGAAGCUGGUGGGACCAGUGCCCUUGGGAGACUACAGUGACGCGGUGUCCAAGCUGAGUGCAACCCUCAGCUCCCUGCAGAGUGACAUGCAGCGACUUUCUGAGCAGCAGAAGAUGCUCAUGAACAGACAGAGCUCACCCUGCUCCCGGGCUUGGGUCAUCCCCGCCAGCCGCACCCUUCCCCACCGUGAUCCGCCUUCCGCGUCACCUUCACCCUCUCGGAAGGCACCAAGUGCCUCCACAUCUCCAAAACCCACUCAGGCGUCCCACCGACGGGCUCGAUCUGUACCCCCUAAGUGUCCGGGGCACCAGCACCAGACUCGGCCUCAUGAGCUGAAGAUUGCACCUGUGACGCGUGUCCUCACCCCCCAGAGGAAUGUAGAUAGUUUGCAGCACCUCCGCAAGGUGUCACCCAGCCAGUGUCAGGUGCAGACAUGCUCAUCCUUCAGCAUUGGUGAGCUACCGUCCCCCCCGCUGGUGGGGGAUAACUCAUCAGAGACAGGCUCCAGUGAGGAUCACACAAUAUUUAGCCUUGAGCUGGAAGACAGUACAGCUUUGCCUGCAGGGGGUCAGGAGCUUCCAGCCGGACGCACUGGCAGUUCUGGGGCCCCCUCCGAAUGUUCCAUGGACAGUGACACCAUGGGAGCCUACAAUAGCAAGCACUGCAGCCUGAUGGAGAUCUCCAUGUCCUCCCUGCCAGAGCGUGGUGGGGAGGAAGGGCCCCGUGUUUCUUCUAGCUCCAUGAGUAGUCAGUCAGAGCCAGAGAUGAAAGGGGGGAGUGGAUUGUUCCUCAAGGAGGAGGAGACCCAGCUAGAGGGUGAAACCCAACAGAGGGCAGCACUGUUAGACAUGCAGCAGAAGAGGGCAGACGAGUUGAAGAGGCACCGGCAGGAGCUGGAGAGAGAAGACAGGACUACCAGCAGACUUGCCUCACUGGAGGAUCCUAAAUCCUGUCGGAUGGAGGAGAGACCUGUGCCUGCCUCUUGCCCCCCACCACGGCGUGGGGACUUCACCCGGCAGGAAUACCAGCGGCGGCAGCAACUGAAGCUUAUGGAGGAGCUCGACAAAGUGCUGCGAAGCAAGGCCACCAGCACGCGUGCCAUCAAAAAGCAGCGGCCCAAAACAGAAUUCCGGGAUGACUCGGGUCUGUCCCGCAGUCCAGCUAAGGGCUUUCUUGGUUCACAGCUCAAUAAGGUUUACUCCCAUUCCAGCCAAAAUCUGUCCUCUAUAGCCAAUGACUCUGGAAAUGGUAUUAGCUCCCCAGCGGUGAGGAAAUCACCCAGUCAGCCUCAUUCCCCUGCAAGACUAAUGUCACCAAGUCGACUGGCCAAUCAGAAUGGAGAGAAGGACUGGGAAAAUGGCUCAAUGGCGUCCUCUCCAGCCUCCAUCCCAGAAUACACUGGUCCCAAGCUGUACAAGGAGCCAAGCUUCAAGUCCAAUAAGUUCAUCAUCCACAACGCUCUCUCUCACUGCUGCCUGGCUGGAAAGGUCAACGAGCCACAGAAGAACAAGAUUGUGGAAGAAAUGGAAAAGAGCUCAGCAAACCACUUCCUGAUCCUGUUUCGGGACUCCAGCUGCCAGUUCCGGGCUGUGUACACCCUGAACCCAGACUCAGAAGAACUGGUACGCCUGGCUGGCAUUGGGCCACGGCUGGUGGUAUUGUCUACAGUGGAUGCCAUCUACAAGUACAAUUCAGAUCGCAAGCAGUUUACCACCAUCCCAUCCAAAACUCUGUCUAUGAGUGUGGAUGCUUUCACCAUCCCG